AUGCAGCAGCUCCUGCGCCAUCGUCGGCACCUCAUGUCCGCGAGCGGCUGCUGCUCGUCGUCCAUUGCGUGGCGCGUGACCGCCGACGCGCGUCGCGCCAGUGUCCACGCGAUGAACGCCUUUCUCCGCUCCAGUCGCGUGUCAGCGCUCGUGCCGUCGCGUCCGCCUGCUUCGGUCCACGUCUAUAUUGGCAACGAAGCAGCCGACGCCGACUCGAUUGUCAGCUCGUUGGCGUACGCGUUUCUACGCGCGCAAGAGCCGCAGACGAGCCAGCAGCAAGUGGAGACGGUUCAUGUUGCGGUGUUGCCGAUCUCUCGCGCCGCGUGGCGCCUGCGCUGCGACGUCGCGGCGCUGUGCCACGCGCUGGACGUGGACACGACCGCUCUCGUGUUCCUGGACGAGUUCCCGUGGCAGUCGAGUGGCCGGUUGUUCGUCACGCUAUUGGACCACAAUGCACUGAGCAACAAGCAGCUGCUACGCUGGCGGGAGCAGCUGGAGAUUGAGGAGAUUGUGGACCACCACGCGGAUCUUGGCCGUCAUCUGGAGGUGGAGAAGCGGGACGUGGCGUUUGCACACGGACAAGCACUGGUGGCCAGCACGUGUACGCUCGUGGCCGAGAAAGUGGACGAUGUUGUAGCGCAGCACGAGGCGUAUCCCGUGCUGUCGACGAUGCUGCUGGGGGUGAUUGCACUGGACAGUAUCAACUUUGAUCCAAAGGCCAAGAGAGUGACGUCACGGGACGUGAAGGCAGCGCAGUUGCUGGAGAAGAAGGCGUUUGCGACGAAAGAAGAGCUGUUUAAGUGGCUACAAGCAGAGAAGUUCAAUGUCAAGCACUGGCAAGCAUUUUCGUUGGCCGAUUGUCUGCAAGUGGACUACAAAGAGUUUGAAUUUGCAACGUCAGGUAAUGACGUGAAGAAGGUCGGCAUCAGUGCGGUGCUUGUGGAUGUGGAGGCGCUGGUGCGCAAGGUUGGCGAUGCAGUUGCACUACGUGGGGAAUUGUCUGCGUUUUGCAAGCAGAACGAGUUGGCUUUCUUGGUAGUGAUGAGCAUCUUUAUGACGUCGGACGGACAGCGCCAGCGCCAGCUGCUCUUCUUUCAGGAGGAGGGCGAUGAAGUCAAACACUGUCUUGCUUACAUUGAAAGCGAGAGGUCGUUGCGACUGCACGCGCUGCAGCUGCCAAAGUCUCAUUCGGACGAGCGCGUUGCUGCUUACAGUCAGCUGAAUGUGGACGCUUCUAGGAAGCAAGUUGCGCCCUUGAUUCUGCGCUCGCUCGCGGAGCGUCUCAUCAAGCUGUAA